GCUAAAGGGAGCAAUUUGUGUUGGUCGAGUGAGCUUACUCAUCGUGAGAUUCUGUGUGUUUUUACCAAUCUUAUGACUGAUAUUUUGAUCGAAUCAAACGUUUGUUGUUCUAUUAUUACAGUGAAGUGUGUUUUAGUGAUUUAAAGUGAACAUUUCAGUGUUUAACGUGCGACAAUAACUGAUAAUCGGUAAUAUUGCCUCAAGUUCGCCGGCUGUCUUGUUGUCAUGAUGGAGUGUUUUUGUGAUGAUCAAAUGUAGCCGAAACGCGUGUCGAUACGCACCAGCGGAAAGGAUUAAAAUGCGCGAACGAGUCGAGUGAUGUGCGACAGUCGAUAACCGAGUUAUCGAUAAACAUGGCGACGAUGGAUCUCACUAACGAGGUGGUCCGGUUGCGGGCUGAACUCGAGAAGGUUUCGUCGGAGAGGGACAUGCUGCUGUGCGAGCUGUCCAACCUUAGGAGGGAGUUGGAGCUCAGCGAGCUGAAACAUCUGCAGGAUGACAGCUUCUCCCAGAAGGUGGACGAGGAGGAGAACAGCGGCGGCGUGACACUCCACCCGCCCGACGGGUUCUACUCCCACCAGCACAGCAUCCACAGCGGCCAUCAUGCUGUCCACGCGGAGCCCGACCGGGGCUACAUGGAGGGGAACCGCUACGUCACCGCCGUGCAUCGCCCGAUGCCAGCCCUAAACCAUUCGAACUCGUCAUGCUCGUCCGCCUCCAACGCGUCGACCGGCGCCGGGAUGUGCGCGGCUCCGGAGCCCGCACCGCCUCUGUACAUCGCAGCACCGCCGGAGGGCUUCGGCCACGCAGUCCACAACAACAGGCGUGGCACAGACGUUGGACUCAUUGGCACAACUGGAAUUACACAAAAAGAUCCAACUUUGCCCCAAAAACGGGGCAAGUUGACUCGAGGUCGCUACGAAAUGUCCCAAGAUCUUCUUGACAAGCAAGUGGAGAUACUGGAAAGGCGGUACGGAGGUCUAAGAGCGAGACGAGCAGCGGUCACCAUACAGAGGGCGUUCAGACGAAGACAGCUGCUUAAGAAAUUCAGUGCCAUCACAGCUAUGGCGAAAGCCGCAGAUUCUACUGGUAGAAGAUUGCAGGACGGAGAGCAUUUGCUGGUCAAUGGUAACGACAUCUACGCAAACGCACACAUACAGAAGAGUCCGGCGAACGAGAAGGUACUCGCGCUAACGCGGCCCAUGCGCUCCAUGUCGCUUCGGGAGAGACACGACAUCGAUCUGAAUAACCACAUAUCGUGUGAACAAAACGAGGUGGAAGCCAUGGUGGCCAGGGUGCAGCAGUCGGCGCACCAGAUCCACAUGAUAGCGUCGGAGAUACCGCCGCAUCAUAGAGGAGACACUGAUAGUGGGGUUUGCAGUUGUUCGGUGAGCGGUUCGGUCACCAACAUAUCUACAUCGUCGUCGCACAACGACUCGCUACACAACCACCAGUUGUUGAACAACUCAGGUCCCGUGUACGGAAACCUCCUGUCUUCAGGCGGCAAACCGCUGUCGUCGCCGACGGCACGGCAGCAGCAGCAGUUGGCGGCGAUACAGGCGGCCAAUGCGCGCCGGCACCCGCCCGAGGUGCCGAAACGCACCAGCAGUAUUACGCUCAACGCGGAGUCACCUGUAUCGCUGCGGCGGGAAUGCGCGCGCGGAUCGCUGUCCUCGGUACAGUCAUCAUCAUCGUCUAACUCCGACAGAUACCACCGCCCGCCGGAGCAACACAUUCACAUACAAGAGCAGCAGUACCACCAACGAACGGCUUCCGGCACUUUAUACGACGACCGGUACGCCGUGUGGAAGCGGCAGGAGGCCCCGCCCUACUACGACGCGCCCGCCGCCGCCUGCUGUCGCCCGCAGCACGAACACACGCACCAGCAGCCGCUCAAGGUAUCAGAAACAGUUCGAAAACGUCAGUACCGGGUCGGUUUGAAUCUGUUCAAUAAGAAGCCCGAGCGGGGUAUAGCUUACCUCAUAUCGCGGGGUUUCCUCGAGAACUCCCCGCGUGGUGUCGCCAGAUUCCUGAUAACGAGGAAGGGGCUCAGCAAACAGAUGAUCGGCGAGUACCUCGGCAAUCUGCAGAGCCAGUUCAACAUGGCUGUGUUAGAAUGUUUCGUCAACGAGCUGGACUUAUCCGGCAUGGCGGUAGACGUGGCGCUGCGCCGCUACCAGGCGCACUUCCGACUGCCGGGCGAGGCGCAGAAAAUCGAGCGGCUGGUGGAGGCGUUCGCGCGCCGCUACUGCGUCUGCAACCCCGAUUUCGUGCAGCGCCUGCGUACACAAGACACGAUAUUCGUGUUGGCAUUCGCUAUAAUAAUGCUGAACACGGACCUUCACACGCCGAACCUGAAGCCGGAGGCGCGGAUGUCGCUCGAUGACUUCGUGCGCAACCUCCGCGGCAUCGACGACUGCGGUGACAUCGACCGCGACAUGCUCGCCGGGAUAUACGACCGCGUCAAGGCCAGCGAGUUCCGACCCGGCAGCGACCACGUCACGCAGGUGAUGAAAGUCCAAGCUACCAUCGUGGGUAAGAAGCCCCACCUGGCGCUGCCGCAUCGGCGGCUGGUCUGCUACUGCCGGCUAUACGAGAUACCCGAUAUACACAAGAAGGAGCGCCCCGGGGUGCAUCAGAGAGAGGUGUUCCUCUUCAACGACCUGCUGGUGAUUACGAAGAUAUUCAGCAAGAAGAAGUCCUCGGUGACGUACACGUUCCGCCAGUCGUUCCCGCUGUGUGGCAUGCUCGUUAACCUGUUCUCCGUGCCGCACUACCCGUUCGGUAUACGUCUCUCGCGACGCGUGGACGGGCGACGGCUGGCGACGUUCAACGCCCGCAACGAACACGACCGCUGCAAGUUCGCCGAAGACCUGCGCGAGAGUAUCGCCGAGAUGGACGACAUGGAGGCCAUGAGGAUCGAGGGCGAGCUCAACAGGGGCAAGGGACGAACUACGGCCGGCCCUAACAGGAACGUGAUGGACAACCGUGACAGCGGGGUAGCAGACGUGGAAAUAGACCACCAGCAGUGCAUGGACCACAUGCAUGUGCAUGGAGUGGUCCUCCCGCCGCCGCCGUCGUGUCCGGCGCCGGCCGCGCCCGCCCGCCACCACAACCCGCCGCCCACCAGCAUCAUCAAGCGGAACGUGCUGAGCAACUCGCUCGUCGACAUCAACGACCCGGUGGCUCUAGCGGCGGAGCGUCUCCAGCGGCGCGGCUCGGUGGGGUCGCUGGACAGCGGCAUGUCGGUGUCGUUCCAGCAGGGCAGCCGCACCGCGCUGCACGCCACCUCGCCCCGCCACCCGCCGGACCAGCGCUCGCCAGGUCGUCUCUUCAGCGGCAUAUUCCCUGGGCGACAACGCAAACUCAGCGCUUCCGGCAUUCCGGACAAGCACGUCGGCAAGAGCACAGAGGUCUAGGCUGACGCAUCGAGUGAGAACUCGACACUGCAACUUACAUCGAGUGAAAACUCGAUACUGCAACUUAUAUCGAGUGAGAUUUUAAUUCUGCAACUUACAUUGAGUAAGAACUCGAUACUGCAACUUACAUCGAGUGAAGACUCGAUUUUGCAAGCUGCAUCGAGUGAAAACUCGAUACUGCAAACUUACAUCGAGUGAGAUCUCGGUAUAUCUAAAAUCGAUUUGCCCAUUUCAUGAAAUAGGUCGUUUCCUGAUGAUUUUUGUCAUCAAUACAGAACUCGAUUCAACACGAUUGAAGUCGUGAAGUCUUCAAUGUUUUUCGCGAGAUAAUUUAUUUCUUUCAAUGUACUUAACGGGGCAGUUCGCCGAAUGGGCUUGUUAUUUAAAUUUCACGAAUAACGCUUUAAAGUAGGUAUCGGCCAUUCAAAAGACGAUACAAUAUUUCGAUUUUUUACGCCCCUAUGUCUAAGUGCCAUCUCUAGUUAUUUUGACGUUGAAUUACGGUUUUACUUAACCCUUUAAGUGUUGAGGGUCUACUUUACAUUUGGGUGAAUCACCCAAUCGUUAGCACUGUACCCAUUAUUGAAAACCUAGAGGUUUGUUAAAAAAAAACGAGGAAUGCAAAUAUCAUUAGGUAUUCUUUCCUACUAUCGUAGACCUAUCUUAAAAUUAACCUGGUGUAUAUCUUGCUAUCACUCUCGAUCAUUGUAAAGAAAAAAAGAGAUACAAUGAUAUUAUAAUUCAGGGUUAAAUUUAUCCCUAAUCUGUGCAAGUGGAGUCAAUGGGCUAACAAUUGGGUGACUUACACGGGAUUUUGGAGGUUUUUAAUGAAUUAUAUCCAGGGUAUACGGAUCGGGAGUUGGCUAGUGCCAAUGUAGCUUAAACAUUGAUGAAUCUUAACGCUAAUAUAAACUAUGUUUGAUUGUAACAUAGUUUUGAUUUUAUCAAUAUUGAUUAAAUUGUCUAAAGCUAAAAUAUUGUCUAUGGAUUGCUUGAAAAGACUGCAGUAUUUCAUCUAGACUUAGCUGCAAACGCGACGGUUACUGAAAUUAUUUGACAUUUUCUUGACGAAUCAUUAAUAUAUUAUGUUACCAAUAAAAAGUAUUAUCGUAAAGAUAAAUUUAUCUCUCUUAGAAAUAAUUGUAAAUACGUUCGAAAUAGAUUUCAAUAGAGACGUACCACGGUUUAAGAAAUUUCUUUCAGCACGUUUAUUAUAGCUACACAGUAUAUUAUUGAAAAAAAAAACGAAUUUAUUCGAUGUUGUUAAAGAGUUUGAAUUUAGAACAUUUUUGAAAUAAUAGUUUUAUUGUGGGUAGUUUGAUAUUUACGAAUUCCUUUCAUGAGCAUUCGUAGAGUCCACGUGUCCUAUGUUCUCGUUAAGUUUGAAGUCAAUCAGGGCAAAGAUCCCAAUCCUACCAUUCACUAAUUGACUUUAGUCAUACAAUAAGUACUGACUCGUCAUUGGUCUAUUUCGCCGACGACACUUCAAGCUUAACGAGAAUAAACAAAUCAUAUUAUGCCCAAACGGGCUGUCCAAAGUCAUUAGUAUAUCCAUCGUCCACAUUAUAUAAUGUCCAUUGUUGAAUUCACUUAUAGAAGUUUCAUCGAGUAUAUUGUUCAGAGUAAAGAGUUCAUAAACUAAAAUAUAAUAGUAAUUUACCCAUAAUUAAUGUAAGUAUAUUAUUCACCUAAAAUUUUCCGUAUGUUUUCAAGCAUCGAUACCCAUAUAAAACUGAAAUAAUUCCUAAAGACAAUAAAUUUAUUUACCAUUGUCUAUGGUUAACCAUCGACAAAUUGUAUGUUUUCUUUCUUCUUUGCCUUUAAAUUGUAUAAGCUGUUACCAAUACUAUGCUUAGUUUCAACGUAAGUUACCGCCAAAAAUGCCUGCUUCGUAUUUUUUUCUAACCUACGCUGUCUCAAGAUGGCGGUAUGCUAAUGUCAAUGUCAAAGAAAAAUUCCAUUUUCAAACGAAUGUCCACUUUGUUAACUGACUUAUACAGACUGUUGAGGUUUUCUAUAUAAUAUAAAACUAUUUUACCGAUUGACGUGGUGGCGUAUUUCUUCCUGUAUACUAGUCCGAUAUACAAGGACAUUCCUGUACCCCGAUUAUUUAUUUUAAUUCGACAUUAAUGCAGCUUCGAUGAGGUUUCGAUGAAGUCUCAGCAUAAUAAAUCUGUCAAUGUCAAACCAAUGCCAAGCGUGUUCUGUGGUCAAACUGCAGAAAAAUAUUUGACGUUUAUUUGACAUUUUGUUGAAUACUAUUUUGUUGUUUGAUCGUUCAGAUCCAGAAGUUCUAUUAAUGUUGGAUUAAAAUUGUAAAGGGUACAUACUUGGCCAAAGUAUCCUACCUAUAUAAUUAAGACAACUGUUAAAUUUGUACCGGUUACUUAGAUUUGUUAUUUCUACUAUUUGAUACGAGGGUAGAUAGAAAAAAAAUUGAUUGUUAGGAUAUUCAGAAAGAGAAUGAUAUCCGGUCUUGAUCUAUCCUACUUUUCAUUUUAGACAUUUUCUAUCUCUGUCUGUCCAAAUCAUUGUAAUUUUAACAAUCACAGAGUUUAGGCUUCACUUCACAUUUUAACGUAACUCGUUCUGAAUUGUACUGCAUUCCAGACUAAGGGCCUGUUUCACCACUUCCUGAUAAGUGACGAAUAGGCUAUC